AUGGGCGCCUGCCACUCAAAGACCGCUCACCCAGCUGAACCGAACUCUUCUGCUGCCACUGCAUUCGCUGGACCUGGUGCUGCACCUCCCGCUCCUCAGGCUCGGUUUGCAAUGGCCAACUCGCACGUCUCACGUUCAGACCAAUUCGUCGAGCGACGCGGCAGCGACCUCUACCUCGGCGGCCAAAAGUUCCGUUUCGCGAGCCUCAACGCCCCCGAACUGCUCGACGGCGACGUCAACGGACUGUUUGAGGUCAGAGAUACGUUUGCGGUGCUGGCGGCGGAAGGAGCGUUUGGGACGGCUGUGACAAGGACUUAUACUCUGCGGAUCAAGUCGAAGAACAUCGGCCGCGGGCACAUCAAUGGCUGGAGCAACGAGUGGAACGACUGGAUGUGGGAUACAGGCAGGCUCGAGGAGAUGGACCUCGUGCUUGCUGAGGCUGCAAAAGCCGGCGUCAAGCUCAUCAUCCCCAUCGUCAACCAGGAUACGGGCGAGGACUCGAACUGGGUCGGCUCGACGGCUGACUUGACGCGGUAUCGCUACGGACUCGGCUCGAACGACGAGGCGAGGCGGAUCGACUGGUGGACUGACCACACCAUGAUCGAGAGUUUCAAGCUCAUCAUCGACUUCCUCGUCAACCGCGUCAACUCGAUCAAUGGCCGACGCUACGGCGACGACCCGACCAUCCUCGCCUGGGAGACCGGCAACGAGAUGAACCACCUCGGGAUGCGUCCUGCGCCCGCAUCCUGGACGCUCGUCGUCGCCAAGCACCUCAAGUCUCGCGCGCCGAGGACGCUCGUCAUGGAUGGGUCGUUUGCGAGGAACGAUGAUCCCGAGCGGUGUUAUCAGAAGGAGGUACUCGAGAGCGGGGAUGUCGAUAUCGUCUCGUACCACUACUACGGCAACGGCGAGAUCCGGCGCGUCAACAAGGACUGCCAGAUUGCCAAGCGGCACAACAAGGUCUUUAUUGCCGGCGAGUUCGGCUUCUUCUCGAAGGCCGACGAUUACGCUUCCUUCAUGAGUGCUGUAGAUUCGGCUGGAGGCGCCGGCUCGCUCGCCUGGUCGCUCCGCCCGCACUCGGCUGGCGGCGGUCACAAGACGCACGGAGAAGGCGACGGACACUGGUCAUACCACAUCCCCGGCUGGAAAGACUCGCCUCACCACGAAUUUGACGCACGAGAAGCUUCCAUCGUCUCGGCCAUCCGCACAGCAUCCUUCAAGAUCAACGGCCAGAAACCGCCGUCUCGCUUUCCCGUCCCUCCCGCACCGUCGAAACCCUGGACCGUCCCCGCUCGAGGCGGACCAGCGAUCUGCUUCGCAGGCGCAGCAUGGGCGCACUGCUAUCAAGUUAUCGUGCGACCAGCGUCGGGCGCAGGAGGAGAGCAGGUCAAGGAGGUCAAGGACUAUACGAAAGAAGGCGAGUUCUUCGUCGACCUCGGCCGCGAGAUGCAGAGUUGCGGAGGUCAGGGCGGCGUGCAGGUCACAGUGAGGGGCAUUAGCGUUGACGGCGUGGCGGGAGAGGAGUCGGAGGCGAUGUCGCUGUGA